UGGCGGCCUUGCUCACCAAGAGCUAGCCCCCUGGGGGCUGUAUUCGGAUUCGCAAGUUAGGCACCGAAUAUUAUUAUUAUUAUUUUCUCUCUUUUUUUUUCGCGUCAAUGACAAUCACAAUCAACCCGUACUUCAUCCAUUUUUCGAUCGUAGUCUUGUUCUGUUUAACCAUAACCCAUGUCACCACACCACACAGCGGAUCAGAUUAGGUGCCAGUUAUCGAGACAGACCGUAAUGAUCCAUCCCUGGGAUGGAAAAAGGCCAAGCUUCUGUACAGCGUGAUUGGACAGGGAAUGUUUCCAUCAACAAGCCCUUGCCAGAUGACCAGUGACGCCGCUGCGGCCCGCCGACCACUCUUGAAGGUCAUGUUUUAUUGAUGGGGCAUUGACUAUGAGCUCCAGUCUGUACCCAAUCUGGGGCUGGGUUUCUGCGUCGCCACAGUGUAUUGUUACAUCUUUUUGGAUGCCCCCUAAGUAAGGUAGGUAGGUACCUCACCUUAUUUACCUACCACCUACCUACCUACCUACCUCCCUACCUACUCACCUACCUAAGGCAGGUGUGUGCAUUUUUCUAUAUCGAUAUGCAUUCUUGACCUGGUCUACUGGCAACCCAUAAAAGCCAGGCUUCCUCUCCGUCUCACCCUUGCAGUACCCCAUACUUUCCCAUGUGGCUUCUUUAAAGAGGGAAAUAAAAUAUCAACACAAAGCACGGCGUGUCGUUGCGACUUUCAAGCCAUGGACACCACCGAUUACUUCCAGACGGAUAAGGAAAGACAGCGAAAAGCAAAGCAACGAUCUCGGACUGGAUGCAAGACGUGUCGCUCUCGAAAGGUCAAAUGUGACGAGUACCCCGGCGGCUGCAAGAACUGUGAACGUCUUGAUCUUAUAUGCCCCAACUCCAAUCCAUAUCUGGAUACGUCACGAGCAGGAUCCGCCAGUGAUGACGGCAACAACCUGGUGCCUACAUCGCGGACACAAACCGGUAUAAGGAGGUCACGAACUUAUCGAUCCUGCGGGGCGUGUCGAGGUUCUAAGAGCCGCUGCUCUGGCGACCGGCCCGUAUGCGAACGUUGUCGCCAGCGUGGUAUGGAGUGCGUUUAUGAGGGCAAGCAGGUGCCUGACUGGGUCGAGUUGUCAUCGAAGAUCAGGUCCAGCAAAAGGAGCGGCAGCUGUUCGCCGUCCGGAGGCAAUAGCCCGCCCAGAUCAGGCCAGAUCAGUCCUUCUCGUCUAGUCACGAAUACGCAUGAUUAUGAUGGCUCCGAUUUUGCAUCAUCAUCCAGCCAGGAGGAGAGUAUCAAUGUGGACUUGACAUGGCUACUCGCUAUCAACUUGCCCAAUCCAAAGGCUCGACUCAUGGCGCUGCUCGACGAAUACUUUGUCAACGUUCACAGCCUACGAUGCUUCGGGUUUGUCCACAGAGCGACUCUGGUGCAGCAGUUGGACGGCAGGCUUCAGCGCGGACUGUCGGAAGAUGUACUUUUACUUGCAAUUUGUGCUCUUGGGGCCAAAUUCUUUGCCCUCAGACAUGCCAGCGACUCCAUGCUAGAGGCAGGUUUUGCUCUGAAAACUGGCAGCCAAUGGGCUAAAAAGGCGCAGUCGCUGCUGCUAGCUGACCUAAACAUCGUCUCUGUCGAGAAAGGAAUGUCGGCAGUGUUGCUCUACGAGCACGAGAUCAGAGUCGGCAACUACGCCUCUGCACUAGUGCUGGGCGGUCUUGCUAUUCGAAUCUGCCAGUCCCUGGGUCUCAACUCUGAAAUGUCAAACGAUUUGUCUUGCGAAUCUCCAAAAAUGUCUCCUUCGAUGCGAGAGUCCCGGCGGCGGCUGGCCUGGAGUGCUUGGACUGUAGAUGCCUUCUCAUUCGGCGAGGGGGACGGGAGCUCACUUAUAGCCGACAGUGAAGUUCAGCUGCAGCUUCCGUGCAACGAGAGGAAUUUUUACCUGCAGAAACCGAGCAUCACCGAGGUCUUGCAGCCAUGGAAAUUACUUCCAUUUGCACCACAUGGAGCUCAAGCUGAAGUGCCUGACCUGCCGGCACAGUUUAUACGACUCACGUACCUUCGCAAGCAGGUAUUAAAGCACGUCCGACGACAGGAACUAGCCCAAGAGACGGGCACAUCACAGCACGGAGUUGAGACGGUUCUCGCGGCCCUGCAAACCUGGCACGAUAACCUCCCGGUGACCCUGCAGUUCACCGAAACGGCCUUGUGUAUGCGCAAAAAGACGAUGCAGCUGGGAGGCUUGAUAUCCCUUCACGUGCUGUACCAUCGAACUGCCAGUGAGCUCUGCCGCGUUGACACAAUGCCAGGGAAUCCAAUGCCCCACGGCAGGGGUACCAUGCAAAGACUUCAAGCCCUGUGCCUGAAGCACGCCUCUGCGAUUCCGCUGAUUCUCGAGGAGGCCUUGCAUCAUGGCUACGAGGCGAUUGCGGACCCGUGCCUCGUAUCAGCAGCCCACGACUCCUCGGUAGUUCUGGCGCAAUACAGCCAAGACCAAGCUAGCUUCCCCGCCGGAGCCAUACACUUUGAGCGACCUCCCAGCGACCUAGUGCAGCUAAAUCUCAGGGCGCUGAAGAUCAUGAAGCUUUUGCACACCCCAGCAGUGGAACUUCAUUCCUCGGUCCAAGAGGUGAUUCAUGACACAAACCCCUCAGCGCUUGCCGCAACCAUGGGCACAAUGUCAGGUUCUUCGGGUAUGGACGCCUCUGAAUCUAUGAUGGGCUUUACAUCGCCUCCUUCGGGAUCUUCUUUGUCAGCAUACCCAGUACCACCAACGACCAGGGGCGGUCUGCCUGCUGCCGCUCCAACAUUCAACACACUGGCCCAGAGCACAAUUGCAGAUGUACACCGGUACACGAGCCCCCGGAGCUCCUUGAACGCUAGUGUCUAUGGCCCACUCCCCGAAGAAUCGAUGAAUGGCCACUUCCAGGGUCUGCCUCAGCAGAUAGGCGUGAGCAGCAGUCGAACUCCAGACAUGUUUGCCGGGACGGCGGAAGGAUUCAACUACCUGAGCUCUUUUUACCCAGUCAUGUGUGAUGAUCCAAUAUCCAGUCAAGGCGCCAGUUUAUGAAGCAGGUAGAUAAUGAGACAAUUCUGGAUGUUGAUGGGGUUUCGUGGAGAG